GCUUUUGCUUUGCUUCAUCGUUUUCCAAAACUUUUAACUCGCAACAACAAAAGAAAGAAAAGCAAAACUCGCAACUUCUCCUCUGUUAAAACCUAAAACUUUUAUCUUUCGCCAGAGCAAAAAAAAAAAAAAGAAAAGAAGAAGCACAUCAUGGAUUCUCAGGACCACAUCAACACACCACACUCUCCAGGAGGUCAGAGCAAUGGGGCUCAUCAUGUCUGCACUAAAUGUGGUUGGAACUAUCCAAAUCCACAUCCUAGUGCUAAAAACCGGCGUUCACACAAGAAAAUUUGUGGAACCAUCAAGGGAUUUGAGAUCCCUGAUUCCGAAAUGCCCAAACAGAAUCUUGAUUUGCAGGAAGAUCCUUGCUUGGAUGAUGAGCAAAAACUCCCAAGUCCAAGAGUUGUGGAGAAAGCUGAUGAGAGGAUUGGGGAAGAGGAUGUUUUUGCAUAUGCUGUUUCUGAAUUUUCAAGAUCUGACUCUUUCAAGGAAAAGGAAGAAACAGCAACAAAUUGUAUCGCUAAGAAUCCUGGUGAAACUCAGCCGGGCAACAAAAGCCCUGAAGUGGUUCAAGAGAGCUGUGAAGUUCCACCUGUGGAAGUCCUUGACAACUUCCCAAAAUCUGUUGAAGCAGCUUCAGGGAAUCAACAAGGGGGAGAACCUUUUAUUGAAGGACACUCCAUGCCAUUUGUAACUCUGAAUGAUUCAUCACAGGGAGCUCAGGUCAUUGAAGGUGGUGGUGAUACCAUAUCCAAUGUUGGGUUAGAGACAGAUUGCAAAGAAGAUUUACCUGAUGAGUCUGAAUCUAAGUUAGCAUCUGCAUUAGGAAAGAGAAAGGAUAUUUUUGAUCCAUCAUGGAACGAUGAAGUGAUUUACUCGGACUUGGAGGGUCCGCAUGGAUUUGCUUUUGAAGAAAUGAGUAUGAUUCAUCCUGGUGAAGCUGAGUAUACCGUAGUCAGUGAUGAUAAUGUUCCGGUCAAUACUUCUUCUGUAGGAACCAAUGCAGACCAAGUUAUCAGCACCAAACAAUCUUCUUGUGAUGAUAUACCUUUUACAGAAAAUGCUGACGUCUCUCUGGAUGGAACCAAACAUGAAGAAGUUGAAUCGAAUCUUCCCGAAACACCUAAGGGAGAAGAAUGUGAAACCGAUACUCGUAGUAAGGCAGAGAACGUAGGCAUAAGUAUUGGCACUGAAGUUUCUUCAUCAGACAAGCUUCUGUUGGAAGACAAAGCUGAACCUCAAGGCCAAACAGCUGUGGAAAUUCCCAGUGGAGACAACUUGGUAAUAGCUAAGGCUGGCCCUGAAGAUAUCAUAAUGAAAGCCGAAGAGGGUGAAUCAUCAUCUUUUGGUGUUUCCCAAGAAACUGUCGAAUCAGAAAUAGCCUCCCUACCUGAAGUAGUUCCUAUAGUUGCUGACUCGAAUGCUGAUAUGAGCCGUUCAGAUCUCACUGGUCAUGAGAGUAAACUUAUUCAGGCAAAUCUUGUAACUGAGGAGAACAGCCCAAAGAGCAAGCUGAUCUCUGAAUCCUCUUGUGAUGUUCAACAUUAUGUUUCUGUUGCAAUGGAGGGAGACGAUCAGAAGAAAAGUUCACCAGAAACAUCUAUAGACUCCAUUCUAGAAAUUGGUGCUGAAACCUGUGAUGAAGCUCGCAUAGAACAGUUAGUGGAGGAAAGCAGUUUCAUAAGAGUAGCUGAUCCUUUAAGCAAUUUUGCAACUGAUGAAUCUGCUCAAACAGCUAAUAAUCAGAAGUUAGUGGAAAGCGGAAGGACGGAAUUCAAUAGAGUAGUUGGUGGGUUGGGGGUUAUUCAAGCAAAUGAGAUUGACAGUGAUGUACUGAAAGCACACAACUUGUAUGCUGAGGUCCCUGUGACAAUUGAGUCAAAUGACCUUCGAGAUUUCGGGAGACUGCAGAAUCUAUCAGAAGCACACAUUAGAUCUCUGGUUUCAAGUCCGCUUGUCACUAGAAAUAAUAACACUUACAAUGCGUUUGCGUCUACUUCAGCCACGCCGAUGUUUGAUGGAACAGGACUUAGUGAAAACGGAUCACAGUCAUCAUCUCUUGCUGUUGCUCUGUCCGAAAACCAAGAGAUCACUAUGGAGAAGACAGCAAAGGACCAGCACGUCCCGCUGAAGAACCUUCUGAGUGAAGCAAGAUCACCAAGGCUUGCAGCAGCAGCAGCAGCAGCAGAGGCAAAGAGUAACAUACCGAGAGUGAGUUCGAUAUUAUUGGACCAAGAGACUUCUCCUGAAGAGGGAGGUCGCUGGCCAGAGAGAAGAGAAGUGAGUGAGGAGUGGAAGUCGCCAGCAAAGUAUCCAGUGGAGUUGAAGAGAGAGGAGAGGAAAGUGAAAGGAAGACCCUUUUGGGUCCCAUUUGUUUGCUGUUCCUCUGUUAAGUAGUAGAAGGCUCUAUCUGUUGUGUAACUCUUUAAGUAGAAGACUUUUGACUUUUAUAAAGAAAAGCAACAAGUUUGGUUA